AGGUUAUAUUCCAUAAGCUCUACAAGAAUUCAGCACGUGAGCAAGGAACAGUGAGAUAUUUUCGAGAAAAGCUUCAGAGACGAAACGUGACAAAGGAUGUUAAACACUAUGAAGAUUGUGAGCAAUUCUUUCUUAGUUUGGGGCAAAUGCUUCACAAUUGAAGCAUUGAUCCAAUUCUUUGGUAUGGAAAACCAAGAUGACCAUCCUACCAAGCACAAACCACCAUCCAACAUAAAUGAAAUGGGAAGAGAAGAAAUUGAGAAGUAUUAUGAAGAUGUUCUAGAUGAAUUCAUCAAUCAAUUUCUUCUUGCAAAUAUGACCGGCGGUGAUUCAGAUGAGAAUGACUUUGUCAACAACUAUUCCAUAUGUUUACUGCAGUACUUUUUUGUACUGCAUGAUAUGAAGGAUGCAGUUCAUGAAGGCAAUGGAGAGAGGCUUGCAACCCUGCACAAGCAACUACUUCUUCACUUCAAGUCUGUACAAGGAUUCAACUCAUAUGCAAUUGAGAUGCUUAUCAAUGUGGUACAAAACAUGGUGUUUCUUUCUCCAGCACAGUCCCACCAAUGCAUUUGGGCAUCAACGGCAAACUGGAAAGGUGGUGCUCAAAGAAAUGUAGAAAUUGAUCUACUCCAAGAGAACAGAAACAGAGAUUUAAAAAAGCUGAUAAAAGGAAUGGGUGCCAAUAAAACUGACAAGGCCAUUGAUAAUGCGAGCAGAGCUGUAGGCGGAGCAAGGAAGAUUGCAGAAAACUUUGAUUACAUGGUUUACCGAGAAGCAAAGUCAUCAUCACACAGUCAUGCAUCAUCUUUAAAAGACGAAUCAAAAGUUUUAAGUGACCUUCGCAUUUUAAAACCAUUCUCCAUUCAAGCGAAUAGAAAGCAUGCAUCAUUUCGUAAAAUAAAAUAAAAUCCUUUGGAAACCCUUGAUGAAAAGGAAUUAGAUGAAUGGCUUCAGAGACAUAAGGAAAAUCUGAUGUUAGAGUCUCCAAUUGAAUUGGAUGAAGAUGAAAUGGAUGAAGAUGACAUAGCUGAAGAGGAAUUUUAUGAACAUGAAUUUGACGAAGAUGACUUAUAAACAUUGCAGACUAAUGUAAUGUCUCAUCAAAGCUAAAUCAAAUGUUGAAUACUGGUAUUAACUCAUUAAGUUGCAAUGCACUCAAAUGUGAAUUACUUUUAUUUCAUUCUGUCUAAUGCCCGAUGAUUUUACUCAAGA